GCGGGCACCGGGGCGGGCUGCCCGGUGCUGUGCACGUGCCGCGGGCAGGCGGUGGACUGCAGCGGCCAGCGGCUCUUCUCCGUGCCCCCCGAGCUGCCGCUGGACACCGGCAACCUCAGCCUGGCCCACAACCGCAUCGCCAGCAUCCCGCCGGGCUACCUGGCCUGCUACGGCCAGCUGCGGGCCCUGGACCUGCGCAACAACUCGCUGGCGGCCCUGCCGGCCGGGCUCUUCCUGGGGGCCCGGCGACUGGCCCACCUCGACCUCAGCUACAACAACUUCAGCCUGGUGGCCGCCGACAUGUUCCUGGAGGCCAGCGGGCUGCUGCGGCUGGACCUCAGCCACAACCCCGGCCUGCGCCGCGUCCACCCCCAGGCCUUCCGCGGGCUGGCCCAGCUGCGGGAGCUGGACCUCAGCUACGGGGGGCUGUCGGCCAUCAGCCUGGACGCCCUGGAGGGGCUGCCGGGGCUGGUGGGGCUGCGCCUGGGCGGCAACCCCUGGGUCUGCGGCUGCGCCAUGGAGCCCUUCCUCAAGUGGCUGCGGGGACGCAUCCAGCGCUGCGCCUCGGAUUCACAAACGGCGGAGUGCCGGGCCCCCCCCGAGGUGGCGGGAGCCCCCCUGCUCUCCCUGACGGAGGAGAGCUUCCAGGCCUGCCACCUCACCCUGACGCUGGACGACUAUCUCUUCAUCGCCUUCGUCGGCUUCGUCGUCUCCAUCGCCUCGGUGGCCACCAACUUCCUGCUGGGCAUCACCGCCAACUGCUGCCACCGCUGGAGCAAGGCCAGCGAGGACGAGGACGUUUAGGCAGCGCCGCCAUCGCCGACAUCCCCCCCCCCGCCCCCCGCCCCGGUGGGGACGCCUG